GAUCCUGCAAUCUAUCCCUGUCUUUCCACCUCCCUGGGCACCUUCUCCCUCAUCUCUUGCCCACGUUGUUUGUGUGACAAUCAGUCACACUUUUGCUUUGCUUACCCUCCGUCUUUUCUCAACACAGAAUUCUAACCCUUAAAAUAAUUGUUGAAUGCGAUGUCCUGAUGAUAGGGCAUGAAUGAGAACACCCAGUGAGGCAGGGAAGGCUUCUAGAAGUUGCAGUAAAAAUGAUUCAUGAGUUUUUCUUUUUUUCCUUUUUUUGGCAUAAACAGAGUCAUUUUGGAAUUCGGCUUCUUUCAACACUGAGACCUCAUACCUUCAUUUCCCCACUUUCCAUGGAGAACUCACUGCGGAUGUUCAGUUCUUUUUUAAGACCACGCUUUUCUCUGGUGUGUUUAUGGAGAACCUGGGCAUCACAGACUUCAUCAGGAUAGAGCUGCAGACUCCCACAGAAGUGACCUUUUCCUUUGAUGUGGGGAAUGGACCUUGUGAGGUCACGGUGUGGUCACCCACUCCCUUUAAUGACAAGCGGUGGCACCACGUGAGGGCAGAGAGGAAUGUCAAGGGAGCCUCCCUGCAGGUGGACCAGCUCCCCAGGAGGACGCAGCUGGCCCCUGCAGACGGGCACGUGCGCCUGCAGCUCAACAGCCAGCUCUUCAUUGGUGAGAUCAUUGCAUCUGAAAGAGGUCAAGUAACAACCAGUGAAAGGAAUCCAGCCCCGAGGUCUCUGACGGCCAGGCUUGAACAGCUUUCCUUACAGAUGGUUGGCAUUUGUGACCACUAGGUCUGAUCAACACCACCUGUGUGACCAUGAGCCACCUGUACCCACUUUUUCCCUUUUCACUUCCAGUAGAAAGUUUAUCUUAUCCGUGGACAAAAGUCAUGCACUGUCUGCUUCAAAACAGACCACAGGUUUGCUCCUUUAAUCCUUCAGUGCGUUUGUAUAGAGAGGUCAGCCCUGGGUGAUGGACGUCUUUCCUUUGGCUUGCCCAUAGAUGGUUUUAUCAUUGUUUAUUUUCCCCAAGGGCAAAAAUUUACUUUGCCAUAUUCCUUUCCAAACAAUUCCAUUCUAAUGUAAAAACCAAGCACACUGGGGUAGUCUUACUCACUUGUUUAUUUCUUAUGCACGAUGAAGCAAAUAAGGACACAGCUCCAAUUAGAAAUUGGACUAAAUCAGAAAUUAUCUCACAGCCUACUUUACAGGAAGAUUCAAACAGCUUCCAGGUACUAAGCACUAUACCACUGAAGGCUAAUGUGUGUAAAUCUCCGUGUGUGUGUGCGUGUUUGUGUGUGUGUGAGACUUUCACACAUGCAGGAGUUUAUGUACUAUGACUCCAUAAAAUAUAACUUCCAACAUGGGUGGUUUUUACAUUAGGGCAAGAUGAAUCUUCUUUGAAGGACUUGAAACCACAAAACUACCUGACAUCACUACAUGAGUCAGCUUUUCGUUACUGUAACAGAUACCCAAAUUAAGCAACUUAUAAGAAAAAAGGUAUUUUGACCCCUAGUUUUUGAGGUUUUGACUCAUGACCAGGUGGACCCAUUGUUUUGGGGCCUCUGGUAGGGGUAGUGAUCUGGGGGCAGAGCUUAAUGUUCAGUUCAUGGUCAGGAAGCAAAAGUGAAAGAGGAAGAGUUGAGGGUCCUACAAUCCUUUUUAAGGGCACACCCCUAAAGACUUAAAACCUCCCAAGGAGCUCCAGGUGGCAAGCUGAGGACCAAGCCUUUGCC